AUGGUACUUGUGGCUGAUGACGUAAUACCGGGUGGACCUGGGGGCAGCCAUUUUCGUCUUGGACGGAAUGACAUGACAAGGGAGGAAGUCUGAAGAAUUCGUCUUACAAAUCUGCUUUUGGGCAAGAAAAAGGACCAACAUUUUAGGGUUUGCUGGUAGUGUACUUAGACAAACACAAACAUGUUUCUGUGGGACUGGUUUGCUGGGAUGCUGCACUAUUUAGGUCUGCGGAAAAAGUCUGGUAAGCUUGUGUUCUUGGGCCUGGACAACGCGGGGAAGACGACCUUGCUGCACAUGCUGAAGGACGACAGAAUGGCGCAGCACGUCCCCACGUUACACCCCACCUCCGAGGAGCUGGAGAUGGGAGGCAUGCGCUUCACCACCUUCGACCUCGGCGGACACGCACAGGCGCGGCGUGUGUGGAAAGAUUACCUCCCAGCGAUAAACGGAGUCGUGUUUCUGAUCGACGCGGCCGACAGGUCCAGGUAUAAGGAAGGCAAGGAGGAACUGGAUAGUCUUCUAACAGAUGAGCAGAUUGCGAACGCGCCGGUUCUGAUUCUGGGGAACAAGAUCGACAAGCCGGGGGCAGCGAGCGAGGAGGAACUCAGGCAGUGGUUUGGCUUACACGGACAGACAACCGGAAAGGGCAAUGUGCCGCUCCAUGAAUUGAACACACGGCCUGUGGAGUUGUUUAUGUGCAGUGUACUGAAGAGGCAAGGUUACGGGGAGGGCUUCCGCUGGCUGGCACAGUACAUCUAGUCCGCGCGCCCACACAACUCAUGUGACUCCAGGACAAGGGUCAGGAGCAAGUCGGUGGAACGUACUGCACCUGCGCAAAACUCUGGUUUUCUUUUCACGGUUUUAGUUGGAUGUUUGGUCAACGUUGCAUCAGAAUUGAUGAUAUCUUUUCCAACACAACAUUUGGAAACUACAGACAGGAUGUUAACCUUGUAU